CUGGCGGCGCCGACCCCCCGCGCGUCGCACAUGGAGCGCUGGACCCAGGCGGCGGCAGCCCGCAGCGGCGCUUCAGUGGCUCGCUCAGCCGGCCCCUCCCGCUCCAGUGUGCUGCUCCUCCAGGUUCGCGUGCGCGGUCACCAUGGCGUCCAGUGAGGACGACGGCACUAACGGCGCCUCCGAGGCCGGCGACGAGAAAGAAGCCACCGGCAAGCGGAGGCGCCUAAGCUUCCUGGCCACCGCCUGGCUCACCUUCUACAAUAUCGCCAUGACCGCCGGGUGGUUGGUUCUAGCUAUUGCUAUGGUACGCUUUUAUAUGGAAAAAGGAACACACAGAGGUUUAUAUAAAAGCAUUCAGAAGACACUUAAAUUUUUCCAAACAUUUGCUUUGCUUGAGGUAGUCCACUGUCUGAUUGGAAUUGUCCCCACUUCUGUGCUUGUGACCGGGGUCCAAGUGAGUUCAAGAAUCUUCAUGGUUUGGCUCAUCACUCACAGUAUAAAACCCAUCCAGAACGAAGAGAGCGUGGUGCUUUUUCUGGUCUCGUGGACAGUGACUGAGAUCACUCGCUAUUCCUUCUACACAUUCAGUCUUCUCGACCACUUGCCGCACUUCAUUAAAUGGGCCAGAUAUAACUUUUUUAUCAUCCUGUAUCCUGUUGGAGUUGCUGGGGAACUUCUCACAAUAUACGCGGCCUUGCCUUACGUGAAGAAGUCAGGAAUGUUCUCAGUUAGGCUUCCUAACAAGUACAAUGUCUCUUUUGACUACUACUAUUUUCUUCUCAUAACCAUGGCCUCAUAUAUACCACUGUUUCCUCAACUCUAUUUUCAUAUGUUACGUCAAAGAAGAAAGGUGCUCCAUGGCGAGGGGAUUGUAGAAAAGGACGAUUAAUGAUCCCUACAAACAAGGUGCUUUUUCCAGAAAAACCGGAUUACUUGAGUCCAAGUUUUAAUAACAAGAAUAAAGAAUUUCACGAAAUA